CUCCUCUUCCUCCUCCUCCUCCUCCUCUUCCUCCUCCUCCUCCUCAGCUUACCUCUGACUUCUCUGUUUCUUUCACACAUCCCUCACCACUUUACAACAAUCAUUCGCUGACACCAGAGGGUCUCUUGGAUCUGGACCUGUCCCUGCCCCUUCUGCUCGAAACGGAAGAGAUGCCGAGUUUUGAUGGGAUUAAGAACCACGCAUUCUCCCUGGGCUCGAACCUAUUCAUUCCAGAUGAAUUUGAAUUUCCACCACUAUCUACUGGAAUCAAUAAAUCAGAAUACAGGUCAGUUAUGUCUCCUACAUUUUGCGCUCUUGCUGACGAGGUGGAGAAGAAUUUCUGUGACCUUGAUUUUGACAUCCCAGAACAGAUUGGCGGGAACACCAACGCCAGUGUUCCGAUAGAAAAUGUACAAAAUGUGGACAGUCAAACCCCGAAUACUGAUCAGCCUGUUGGGAACCUGGAGCAGUGGUGCGCGGAGGCUAUCCGCCGGAGUGACGACAGUUAUGAUGAGAUGCUCAGUCUCUCAGAAGACCUGUCGAAAUGCGAGCUUUAUUCCUAUGAGAUGACACUCCUGGGCCCGAUUUUUAGCAAGCUCAGCAUCUCCGGCCCUCAAAAUAAAGCUGUUAAUAGUGGUAGCCCCGACCAGGAAAGCGGUGUGGUAAAGCAGGCAUCCCUGCAGCAUGAUUCCCAAUCUCACACAAUCAGUCACCAAGUACCCACGAAUUCUCAGUACCACACCAUCGGUCACCAGGCUCCCAUGCAUUUUACUUCUCAGUACCAUACCAUCAGUCAGCAAACACCUAUGCAAUCCAGACCUCAGUUCCACACAAACAGUCAGCAAGCACCCAUGCAAUCUGACUCUCAUCGUCAAACCUUCUGUCAAUCAACACCGAUACUGCCAGGUUCUCAGUGUCAAUCCAGCCAGACAUUUGUCCCGAACAGUAUUUCAUCUCCAACCCCUUUACCGUCAUCAACACCAUUGUCCACCACAUAUAGCACUAGUCUGUCACUCCACCCCACCCACCAUCAACGUUCUGGGUCACCCUCUUCCUCCUCCCCUUCACUUCCACAACCGAAGCCAGCGAGAUCAGCAGCGCAGAGAUUGUGCAAUGCUGAGUUCAAGAAACCCUUGCCGUGGUGUGAAUUCUCUGAAAGUCAUCUUGAUGAUUUGACCUUCAUGCUUAUGGAGGCCCACAAAAAGCACAUUGGCAAGGAUUUGAACUGUGUUAGCCCGGAGGAGAUAGCAGAAAAGACAGAGAUCUACAAGAAAGUUUGUCGCCUCAAGGAGCGCGUGUUUGGCAAGAAAACGUUGCAUCGGUAUAGAGAGGAGUACUACAAGAUCCUGGAGAGCACGGGUGUGGACAUCGAUGGUCGUAAAAAGUGGAUGGAGUUGUCUGUGAAGGUCACCGAUGAUAUCCUUUUUAAGACUGUCCGCUUCAUCAAGAAUGUGCCGGGAUUUCGGGACCUGUGUAAAGACGACAGAGUUACCCUUUGUCGAGGAUCCUUUCUUGACUGCUUUGUCCUUGCGAGUUUUCGUGGCUGUGACUUCAAGAACCGCAUCAUGAUCGAAGACUCGAACUUGGCUUUCAACAUUAACGAAAUCCUCGGACUUUUUCCAGACUUUGACGAGAGCAUAAUUUUCUACCUCUCCGUGACCAAACGGAUUAAAAAAUUGAACCUCACUCUUGAGGAAAUUGUUUUGUUGAAAGCUAUCUGCAUAACAUCGCCAGAUCGAGAUGGACUGAAGGAACGACAGAAAGUGGAAGCUCUGUACUGGCAGUUUCUUUGCUGUUUGUUAUUGUCUCUUCACCGUCGUCACCCAAAACCUUACAGCAUCUACUCCCAGGUGAUCACUUUGCUGGCUGACCUAAAGACUUGUGUGAUCAUCGACCAUCAGCUUUUGGAAUUCUUCAGAAUGGACAUCACUAAGCUGACCAGGGAGACGGAUGCCCCUCUGUACAAGGAAAUGUUGCUGUAUAACCAUCCAGCUACUGCUUAUUAGAAAUGUUACAACUUGAAGUUUGUUAAAAAAUGAAUAUAUUUUUCUGUUCUCUUUACAUUUACAGUAUGGUAUUGACUUUAGGAGAACCAAGGAGAACUUGACAGAGAGAGGUGGAGACAGAUGCCAAGAAAUGGGCAAACCUUGGACACAAAUAAAGAAAGUACAACUUUUGUUAUCCUUUCCCAUCUUUGCAUUUAAAAACGCCGGACAUGUACGUUCCAACCUGGCUGUUUUAACCGGAGUGGGAACAGAAGAUGAAACAGCCGCAUAAAACCGCUAUUCGACGGGUCGGCAUGUCAUCCACAUCACGUGCGGUUUAACUUAAAAUGGCAGAGUGUACUAAUAAUGGCGAUUUGCUUGCAGCUUAUGAGCAGCUCGUGGCAAAGAAAAAGAAAAAGGGAGAAAUAUAGGUAUUUCAAUGAAAUGGAGAAUAGUCUCUUUAGACGAGGUUGGUAUGUUAAGCUGUGAAGCUUGUGCAGACAAUCAAGUGUGUUCUUUACUGCACAUCGUGACGCAGAGGCCAAACCUGUAGGGACUGAACCCAUUCAGGGAAAGCAUUAAUUAUGUGGGAAUUUUAAAAAUCUCUUUAGUUAUUGAAAAAACACAAAUUCUGUUCGAAUGUUGUCUUAAAAUUGGGUCGCUUGUUUAAAGAAUGUACUCUCUUUAGUUAUUGAAAAAACACAAAUUCUGUUCAAAUGUUGUCUUAAAAUUGGGUCGCUUGUUUAAAGAAUGUACUCAGAUUUUAUGUGCGGUAAAUCGUUUGGAAGAUAUUGGCAGUGACAAGAUAAGCCGGCUAAGCCUGUGACGUCACACAAAGGCUGUCGUCGACGGAACGUGCUGAACUGUAGUCAGAAAAUCCAAACAUAUUGAAACCGCCGGUUCGGCCUCCCGGUUUAACUUUUUAUUAGCAGUUUUCAUCCUCAUCUGCGGUUCUGCCGCCAGGUUUGCCUUUCCAUUCCGAACCGGCAGUUUGGAACGUACAUACGUAGCCCCGUAAGACACUCAUAAGGAUUUUGAAAUUAUUAUCUCUGGCUAGAUAUUCCUAUAAUAUCGUCUAGUUAGCUGUUGAACUGGUCCUUUGUUUCAUUUUUCUUACCAUGUUUCAUAAUUUCAAUAGUCUAUAUAACGCUACCAAAUUAUAAUGAUAAUGUCAUGUCUUAAACAUUUCAUUCUGAAGUCUCUGGUUUUCUCUUGGACCCAAAAAGUGUCAUGUUCACACGUGAAUUUGAUUUGGGGAAAAAAUAGAAAAUUAAUGUAGAUCUAUCCUUGUUCCUGACUGCACAUUCCGUGCCAAUGCCUUUUUGAUUGUAGUGUACUCAGGCUGAUCUUUAAUGUUCUAAAUGUUUAUUCGAUCAAUCGCCCAUCUACUUUGUGUAACUUCCUUUUCCAUCUUUUAAAAAUGUGUUUGCUCUAUCAAAAAGUUCCUCUGUGAUGUUAAAGUUAAAGUCUUCAGGUUAAGUUCUAGUAAGAAUGUUACAACACUGGCAACACAAAUAAUAAUAUGCGUUAUACAAGUGCUGAAGAUUAGAGACAUUACUUAUAGAGAGUAACACUCACACACACAUACACACACACACACACACUCACACACACACACGCACGCACGCACGCACGUUCGCACUCAAAAAGGAGGGAAGCUCAGUCAGAACAAAGAAAGGCAAAAGAGACUGGUUCAAAGGAAGAUCUUUGAGUAUGACAAGGAUGCAUUUUAUCUCCCCACCUUUUUAUACAUGUAUCUGGACAGAAUAACGCAAAGCAAAGCCUAGAAAACCUCAAAUUAAAUGAACUUCUGCUUGAAGACGACCGUUAUGUUUUAUUCAUCCAAAACAACAAGCCCUAGUUCCCUGUACAUCCAUACAAUAGUAAACAACUGAAACGAGCGAAGGAGUUUAAAUAUCUUGGCAGGACAUUUUCUGAAAAUGGGUCCAUAGACAAAGAAAUACGAACUCGAAAGGCCAAGACCUACACCGGCCAGCUCGCACCCCUUCUAUCUCAUCCAAAACAUCUCCAUAGACACAAAGAGACAGCUUAUCAAUUCUAUAUUCAGGCCCUAUGCCAACAUUUUGAUACCAGUGCCAGACCUGGACAUUAAGUAAAAGGAAGAGGUAGACCACGCAAAAGAUGGAUUGAGGGAGUGAAGGAAACCCAUUAGAUGUAUCACCAUUAUUAUUAAUACUACUACAAUGUAUAAUGAUAAUACAUACGUCCCACGCUAUUUACCAAUAGCGCAAUCUUGCACAGCGUGUUUUGACGAUCCUAUAAUUGUAUCAUUCUUGUGAGCUCUUCAGUUUCAUAUAUAUGUUAAUUUUAAUUUUAAGAUUUUUACACUUUUGAAAAUAUAACAUGUGAAUGUUCCUAAAAGUGAGUAAAAAAAUAAAGAUGGGAGUGAAUUUAAAAAAAAAUUAUUUCAAAUAAAUUAAAUGUACUUUAUGAACUUUGAGUUCGAUACCUGGCAUUGUAUCAUUCUUGGGAGCUCUUCAGUUUAAAAAGUUCAUUUUAGUUUUCAUAUUUUUACACUUUUGAUCUGAAUAUUCCUUGAUGUGGGUAAAAGAAAAAAGAAGGAAGUGAAUUUUUAAAAAAAUAUUUCAAAAGUAUAAAAUGUUAUCGCAAUCUUCAUUGCGCAAUUGUACGAUCCAUAAAAAGCUUAAGAUUGCGACAAUCGGUAAAUAGUGAGGAAUACAAUUUUUUGUUAUCAUAAUCUGGUGUUCAUAGCUCUGGUGUUCACUUACUCAAACCUUAAAACUUUAAGAUCUUUAGCAGGAUACUUACUAAUAAAGGUUUGAUCGAAC